AUGGCAAGGGGAGGCAAAAUUGGGUACAAGCGCAAGACCCGGAACAAGGUUCAUUUGGAGAAGAAAGGAUCGGAUGAGUCUGAUGAAGAUUAUAGGGUGGAUGAAGGUGAAGACUUCGAUGGGUCAGAGGAUGAAUAUUGUUCUUCUCUGGCCGAGGAUGAUUUAGAGGAAAGCUUAGGGGAAUUCGAGGAGGAGGAGGAAUGGGUUGACAAGAAAGUUAAGAAGGUUGAAAGGCGUAGUAUACGUAAGGGUUCAGAAACGGGAAAGAAAAAUGAGGUCAAGAAUCCAAGAAGAAAGAAGGCAGUUUAUAGUGAAGAAGAAGAAGAAGAAGAUGAUGAUGAUGAGGAGGAUGAGGAUUUUUAUUUGGAUGAUGAUGAUGAUGAUGAAGAAGAAGAAAAGUAUGUUGAUUAUGAUUCCUCUUGUAUUAAGAAAAGAAACAAAAAUAAGGUUUCACGUAAAAAAGAGGGUGCGGACGAUAUUGAAUUCCUUAAUAGAGAAGAAAAGGAUAAAUUGACUGAUGGAAAACCAAUGAAGAAAUCACGGGUCUCGAAAAUAGAUGUCCACACCAAUUCUUACAUUGAGGAUCACGGAGAAAGAGAUUCAUAUCCAGAUGACAUGGAAGAUGACGAUUUUGAUGAUUCCGAUGAUGAAGAUGUCGACUACAAUGAUUCCGAUGACGAUGAUGAUGAGGAAUUCAGUCCAGGUGAGAUUGCCAAAAGAGCCAGAAGGAAGUCCAUCAAAAAACGAGUCCCUAGGAGAAGGAAGAGGAGAUCCAAACCCAUUAAGGCAUCAAGAGGUGAGAAGCCUGCUUCACGAAAAAGGAAACCCAUCAAGGGCUGGGUCUGCCGCAAAAGAAGCAAAUCAAAAAACAAAAAUUCUGAUUCCGAUUUCAUGAGCUCGGGUUCCUCUGAUUAUGAAUACACCAUCUCCGAAGAAGAGAGAGAACAGGUGAGAGAGGCUACUGAGUUCUGCAGGAGGUCAACCUCUGGUUCAAGGAGUUCAAGCUCUCAAAAGAUAAUUAAGGAAGAGGAUUUGUUGCCCUCUAAAAAUUUGGGCCCGCCUGGAAGAAAGGGCAAGCAGAAGGUAGUAGCAGACAUGAAUUUGGAGGCCGGAAAGCAGGUAUGUGGGAUUUGUCUGUCGGAAGAGGCGAAGAGAACAGUCAGGGGAAUUCUGAACUGCUGCAGUCAUUACUUUUGUUUCGCUUGCAUCAUGGAGUGGUCAAAGGUGGAGUCUCGCUGCCCUCUUUGCAAGCAGAGGUUUAUGACCAUCAGCAGAACUGCCCGAUCUGAUGGUUCGACGGAUGCUGUAUUUCCAGUUCCCGAGCGUGAUCAGGUUUAUCAGCCGUCCGAAGAGGAGCUACAGGGCUUCCUCAACCCAUAUGAGCACGUCCUCUGCACCGAGUGCCAUCUGGGUGGGGACGAUGCCCUCAUGCUCCUCUGUGACCUCUGUGACUCCCCCGCGCACACAUACUGCGUGGGCCUCGGCCACCACGUCCCUGACGGCAACUGGUACUGUGACGGCUGCCGCCCCACUGCCCUCGCCUCCUCAAACGCCCACACCAGUUCACCGCCUGUCGCUGCUGUUCGUGAGACAUUUGACCUGAACGAGGCUUAUGUGCCCGACACGCCAUUAAGUCCUCCCGCUCAGUCGCCGAGGCAUCCAAUACAUCCUGUCUGGAGCACUCAAGCGGCUCCCCCGGCCUCGGGAUCUGCUGCAGUUACUCUAUUUUCGAGGCGGAGGAUACAGAGGCAGAUACAUCAGCUUCUCAACAGCCGGAGUCGGAAUUUGAACAGUAAUGAAGGGCCGGCGGCCACCGGAAUCAAUCUUUUCAGGUCAUCCAUCGGUCAGAGUGUUCCUCAGAAUGUAUAUUCCCAGGGAAGAGGGAAUGCUAAUGCAGGCUUAUUGUAUGGUAGAGGGGAUGGGCAUCAGGGUCAAGCUUCUUCUUCAUCAUCUGUUCGGUCUUUUGUUGGGCUAACGCAAACUGGGUUUCCUGCGGCCAAUGGGAGAGAGGUUGGGGGUUUGAGCCAUCAGCACUUACGUCAUUGA